CCCAAGCCCGGCAAACCUGCACAGUAAGAGUUCUGUUGUUUUUGGAUCACUAGGUAAGAAGAGUCAUAAAAAUAACCUUUCGUACUUAAGGACGUAACGUUAACAUUGGAAUAGUUUCUACCUUAACAGCGCUUUAGGGUAUGACGAUCAUCUUCAGAUAAUCAAUCGCCAGCGCUCAUUUCAGGGAUUGAUAUAUUCCCAAAAACCAGAAUUAUCGACUGUUUACCUCUGUCCUUAGUAAACUUUUAUUUGACUUUCAAGGGAAAUUUUAUUUGACUUUCACGAGAAAAGAUAUGGCGGAGGUGACUGCAAAUUUGUUAUCUUCAAUUUUGUUUUCAAUUAGUUCCUUCAAUUUUGUUUACAAAGUUCCCGCGCGUACGCAGCAAUGUAGAACGUUUAAGUAGCAAUCUGAAGUUCCCCUUUAAUACUCAUCAACUGCAACACAUACACACACAUGAAACAGACACAACUACAUGUAUAUAUUGUGAAAUAACCCUGAGCUCAAUAUUUUUUGUUUUCGCCCACUUUAUUUUAUUUUUCGUUUAAGGGAAAUAAUAUGAUAAAUUGAAGUGAAGUUAUGUCCUACAGUGAAAAAUUAAAAAAUCGAUUUUUUAGUGAAUGGUGAUUCAGAUAGCUGUAGCUGUUAACUUGCAUCAGCUUAGGGGAAAUAAUUUAUCCGCAGCUGGAAAUUUAUUCAUACCUCGCGCAGUUUGAGUAUUGUUUCAAAUUCAGAGAAUUAACGGGAUGUGAGAAGAAGCGCUCUGAUAAAUACAAAAUAAUGUCUACAUGUUUCGAAGUACCUUUUUUUUUACUUUGUUUAUUACAGGGAAACCGGCUGAAAGCUGUCCAAAGAGUUUUCGCACCUGUACGCAAAUUUUCAUCCCCUUCGUUCGCACGCACAUGUACGCGGUUGCAUGUGAGUAAGAGCCCGUUAUCCCAAUGUAUUUUAUUAGCCUUUGUGCUAACUUCAAGAACGUUCAAAAACACUGAAAAAACGGGAAUCGAACCGGCAGUCUCACCGUGUCUUUGUUUAGUGCCCUCAAAGUGUCUUAGUUUCAAACCACCUUAGCUAUAAUUUGAAAUACGAUGCUUGAAAUGAAUUAGACAGGAACCCGCAUGUACACUACAAAAAUAGCUCCCUGAGGCUGAAAUUUGGUGAUAGAAGCACAUAAAAAAUUUAUUGUACUCAAGAACCUGCUAUCGAAAGUCAGGGGAGGGAUUUUAUACGCGAGUUUUUCUUAGACUAAAAAAGGUUUUAUUCUUUUAUUAAUUAUGCAGUGGUUAAUUCUUACUUGUUAGAUAUGCGUCGUCAAUGCCAGUUUCAAAAAAAGCUUGACGUAACAACGGUUUGUAAAUUUUAAAAUCCCCAUUUUUCGAAGGGAACAAUACUUACUGCUUUCAGCUCUUAAUUCCCGCGACAGGGAAAAAACUGAUAAAAAGCAAACCUACGAUGUUAAAAAAAAUUUUUCGCUAUAAGUAUUCCGUCAAUUUAUUCUAUGUUUCUCUCCGAACUUUCCCGCAUUUUUUUGCGUUGCCCCGUCCGUGAGCAUUUCGCAUUUCUUCACACGUUUGUUCUCAUUAAGACCCUGUUUACAUGGAGUGGGGGACCCCGGUCUAGUGGGGUAAGUUUCUUUUGUUUUGUGUCCCCCGGAGCGUGAAAACAAAAGAAACUUACCCCACUAGACCGGGGUCCCCCACUCCAUGUAAACAGGCCCUAUAUAAGAGAUGCUCUAUUUUGUCGCCUAUAGGUGGUUUUCAUGCAAUCUCGGGAGACACAAAUAACAAUGGUGAAAUCAACAAAUUCUGGUGGACAAACAAAGAGAGCUAAUGAGCGAUCUUUUGUUUACCGUCCACCAGUAUGGCGGCGAUGACGUAACGUGAAAACCACCUAUUUGAUCGUCUUGCAGAUGUUCUUCUAUAAAGAAAAAAAAAACCUUGGAAAGUUUGUUCGAUAAAGAAUGUUGCCUAUAGUCAAUAAAAAAUUAAUUUACAUGAUAUCUUGACUUUCGUCGGGGAUAACUCCUUCAAAGCCCUGACGAAUUUUCGUUUACACUACUCUGCAUUUUUCUAAUCCCUCUUAUGAAUCGUUUUUUUUUUGUUGGUUUGCUGAAACAAAGAAAUUUGAAAUUUGAAUCUAAAACAAGCGAACUUUUCUUGAGACAAAGAAAGAAACAAAAAAAGAUAACUGGGAACAUAGGAAAGAACCCCUCUUUGCAAAUGGGUCCAAAUGUUUGAGAAUAAAGGGUGAGUUUUACGUGUAGUAUAAUUGAUAUUCAGCUUUGAUCCCCAUGUGCAGGCGAAAGUACACAAUCACCACGAAGAAAAUAGACCUGCUCUUUAAUGGCCGUUCACGAGAUCUCUUAAGCAAGGCACUCUUGAGUACUUAAACAUCAUCAAUUUUAAGCUCAGUAUCAAACUGUACAUUCCAAAUUCAUUGCAUUAUAUCCUGCGAAGCUGAAAAUUAACUUGAACUUGAUAAUAUCAAUUUCUGUGAGAAAAAGUUUCAUUUAUAGUCUGCCAAGACAGGAUAUGAUGCACAGUUGCAUAGUUUAACACCACAGUAGAGCAUCCACAGAGAGCUCGAUUAUGUGUUCCUUUUUCGAGAAGGCAAACGGGAUGUUUUUUUUAAGUAGAAACUUACACUGCACCACAGGCAGCCCAAGUUCUGGAUAAUAGUUACAAGUACAGUACAAUAUUGCGUAAUCACAAUACGGCCGCGGAUUUGUAUGAGAACUGCGGUAAUAGACUUGAGAUGAUAAAUACUCACAGGAAUCUUAACUUAUGUGUUUUUGCUUCCUGUAAGGUUAUUUUCCAGUUCCGAUUCGAUUUUAGCGAUUUCUUUCAUCCCCGGUAACUGACUAACUCGGGGAGAAUGAACGCAUUUUCCUUCUUUUGAAAAAUUUUGAAUUUCAAAAAAUAUAUACCUCUUAUUUGCCGAGUUUUCGGUCCGUACUGUAAAUUACGGAUACUCGUUUUUUCCGUCCAAUCGAUGGAAAAAAACGAGGAUAUUUACAGUACAAACCGAAAAAACGAGGCUUAUAAGAUGUUUAUUAUAUGGCUUCUUCCUGUAUGGGGGACCAGAAACAAUUGCAGGACGCACGAUUUGACAGUCAUUUGACAGGCGUCAAAAAAGAAAGUUUUUAUUGGCGCACGAAAACAAUAGCACAUAACAAAGGCUUUCCGAGAAAGUAAAAACAAAUUCGCCAUGUUCAAAAAGUUUAUUCGGUGAAAACUAAGAGCAAUGUAAGUUUUAGCCAAGAGACUAUAAAGGGGACAGAGAGGGCAUCCCCCAUAUACACCCUAUUCCAUAGGUAAUUCGUCUCGAGUUAUUAAUAACACCACAGAUCUUAAGGGGGAUUAGACAACAGCCAAUCACAUAGCGCGAAUAUGUUCCGCGUGGAUGACCCACGCUGAGAGCCACGCGUCCUUCACGAAAUGACGAGGAACAAAAUGGGGGAAGACGCGGAGAGCGAUUUUGCUAUUCCUUUUGUCGACGAAAACGACUACAGCGAGAUUUCUGCGAAAGCUGUGUCAGCGAAACCGAAAUUAAAAAAGAAUCGCCCUUCCUCUCUUGUAUAGAGCUAACAGUAGAGUAGGGAAAUCCUUAACACACUGAAUAUUCUCUCAGGAUCAUUUAUAAUUUACAGUUUGAAGAGAGCAAUUUCUGGUUUGAUGUUUAUUUUUUUCAGUCUUUAUAGCGAUUAUUCCUACCCACUUACUUUGUCAAUUGUAGGCGAACCUUCCUAAAGCUGAAUUUCAAGGGACCAUAUUCAAGUUCAGAAAGAGAGGUAAAAUUUCGUCGUUGCUUAUUUACGUCCUCCAUAAAACGCGAAAUUAGGCAUUUUCACGUCGUAGUCGUGCAAAAACGGGAAAGAAAUGAACAAAAAAGUUUGUUGCAAGUGCGAAGUUGUUGUUUUGCUAAUUAAACCUAUUGUUUUUUUUUUUGACGUUCUAGUUGUCGUCCGCGUCGUUGGAUCUUAAACUCCCUAAAUUGUACAACCGACCGGUUUCAAUAGACCGGCGAAAUUUCUCAUUUUAUUAAAGCACUGAGGUUAUGACAACUUCGAGUUAAACUGAUUUCACGGGUUGUCAAAGAGUCCAGCGAUUCCUUUUUCCCAGGUGAGCGCCGACUCAUUUCGCUUCAAUAUUCAGGAAUGCCCUCGAUCUUUUUACGCUUUCAUUGCCCCUCGCCCGACAUGUUUUGCACGGCGUUUGGUCAUGCGAAACCUCCACGAAACAUCCACGCCUCGCGCGAGGUAACUUUAUCCCGAUUCUAAAAAUAACUCGAGACGAAUUACUCAUGGAAUAGGGUGUAUAUGGGGGAUGCCCUCUCUGUACCCUUUAUAGUCUCUUGUUUCAGCUCUUUAAUGUAACGCUGGAGUAUUUUGGAAACCGGACACUGUGUCUAUCUAGAAAUCGUUUCCAUCUUUCCACUGCAAAAGGCAAAGAAACUUUUCAGGGUAAGUUUGUUGUCAUUUUCGAAGGAUUCGCUCGUUAAUUGUUUUUGGUUAAUCUCUCUUUCUGCCAGUUCAUUCUCGUCUUCAAUUGUGAUCCACGUUAACAUUUUCAAACACUGACUAGAAUUCUCUUCCUCGGUGAGGUUACUAUUCAGUCUCUACAUCAGCUUCGUUCUCAUUAAAACAACGGCUAGGUUAAAAUUUGGAAAGGCAAAGUCAACCUCCCAGUCCUCAGGGUUUACAGACAUAUUUUAAAGUUUAUUCGGUCAAAACUAAGAGCACUGUAAGUAUUCACUUGUUAAUGUGACGUUGGAGUCUUUUCAGAAACUGGACAUUGUGUCUGGCUCGAACUCGCUUCUAUCUUUCUUUCGUUGGUCUUUGAAAAAACUUUGCAAAUGGAAAAGAAGCUUGUCAAGAUUAUCGGGUGCAGGUAUGUUUGUUAUCAUAUUUUUCGAAGAAAUUACUCGUUUUCUCUUAGGCGAAACAUCUCGAAUCUCUGCCAGUCGAUUUUCGUCUUCUUAACUGUGUACUGAGAUAAAAUUUUCAAACACUGACUAGAAUCCUCUUCGAUAAGAUUACGAGCUAGUUUCUUCAUCGCCUUCGUUCACAAAUAAACACAGUUCAAAGUGUUGAAGGCCAAAGUCCACAUCCAAGUCCUCAAGGAUGACAGGCGUCUUAUAACUUUAUUUGAACCUUUUUUCCGAGGUAAAGAGAUUUAGAGCUCCAAAAUGAGCAAGUUACGGACCGCAAAUAGACCAAUCACAUGGCGAAAACAGACUCAGCCUAUAAUAAAUAUGCUUAUACUAGGAUGUAAGGACUAUAAGGUUGUGAUAACAUUUGUAGUUUUAAACUGGCAGGUUCCAGUUGAUGAACAUUUCAUUAGUUGUUAAGUUCUCCUAUGAUCAUAUUACAUAUUUAGUGACGUCUGCAUUUGAUAGUAGAAUAUCAACUUAACAGUUGAAAGUAUCAGCCUCCUUGGAAUGAUAUCAAAAUUUUAAGCUAGAAAAGAUGAUUUUUCUUUCACUGAGACCAAUUAAAAUUUCCAAGUUUCUUUUGUGAGCCUUUAUAUAGAACGACUUCGAUAGGACUCCAUUAAAAAAAUAAUUUGCUUUCUGAUAUUCAUAUUCAUUUCAUCCGAUUUUAAAUAUUCAUUAUUUCACAGAACAAAAUUUAAAUAAGAAAGUUUAAACAAAAUGAAGGUUUCUUUUUAUAGGGGCACACAAUGGAUCUGCUCCUCAAAAUAUCUAUUCUUCAAGCAAAUUAUUGCUGCCUGGGAGAUUUGGGAGAAAUAAUAUGUCCUUGGAAGGAAAGUGUUGCUGGGAACACGUCAAUUCAGGGUGUCUGAGGGGAUUUGAUGUUUAGAAUUGCGUCAUCUUCCAUCAGUCUUGCUGGAAGUGAGGAAUAGAUAAAUUUUUCCCAGCAGUCUCCCAAAAUGCUUAAAAUGGCUUCAAAAAGCUUUAUUCAUGCUUUGUUGUUGUUUUUAGGUCUUUUUCUUAAAAUUUCCCGUUGGGUGCCCCUGUACAUGUUUUUGAGCGGGUUUAUCUUCGUGUUCCCAUGCAUACAUAAACCCGCAGGUGUUACAGACCCCUCAUACUCAGACUAACACAUUAGACUAUCCGAUUAAAGUUGCACAUAAUUUUGUGCGACUUGAAAAUUUUUUUUUGUAUACAUAAUAAUAUUUUUUUAUGAACUGGUGUGCUUAACCACCGCUCCUAUAAUAUUAGGAAUGACUAGAAUGCUUGGGGGUAGAAACACACGAGAAGCAAUCAUUGUUUGAGUUUUGGUGACUUUGAAAGAGACACUUUAAAUACACCUGCACGGUCUACUUUAAAAAUAAUUAAAGUCUCUUCAAUUUUCAAAGGAAGCCAUCGCACAAAUUAACUUUUUGUAUACCACCGUGUAAAACGAUAAUGAAGGUAAGGACUCGCACAAAACUGGACAAAUAUUUUCCACGAUUAUUAAUGGGCCAGAAACAGACUCUCGACGUUAAUACUUCCAAAACGUUAAGUCUUCUGAAACUUUUUACCCGGCAGGGGACACAACAGAAUAAUAUUUCUAUGUAUGAAUUAUUAGGUGUUUGCCAAAAAGAGAAUUGUCGAUGACCAUGCCAAGAUUUCUUAAACUAUAUAAGCGUAAACCUUCAAUGAAGCUGAUCAUGAGAAACUGAAAAGUUAUCUUUUGCAAAGUUUACAGACUCCAAGUGCACGUUUAUUGUAAAGUCCGGUUGAAGUGCAACUGAAAACUCGACAUGUUUUCUAUUCUGUUAGAUUGCCUUCUUGAGAAUUUAGCUAUUCGCCGUUUUCGCGAAAGCAUGGUUACAAUGUACUUAUUCACAGUCAGUCAAUUUACUGUCGUUUUAUUGUUUUCAGCUUUUACUUCGAGAAAUGAAAGACAAUUGGUUUUAAAGGUUUUAAACUCAAAGGAGAAUGAAGAGCAAAACCGUUUUCCUCUUGGGACCAUUUUUAAUGGUGAGUUCUAGUUCUGAUUGUUUUACUACGUUGUGCCGCGAUUUACCGGCUGUCGACGAUCACUCCAGUCUAAUAUGUGUCUUGUUAACACUUUACAAUUGACAUUUAUGCUUUUUGAAGAAAUGAUAAAGUUGAUUUGUACUAACUGCAUGUAAUAUAGCCUUUACAUAUGGCCAAACCACAGCAAUCAAACUGCCUCUCAUAGAAAUGUUGAUGUUUUGUUGAAGUCUUGGCAAAACUCGAUCUGUACAGGGUAUGAUACGCUAUCAAAUUUCAGUGCUAAAUGCUUUACCACUGUUUUACCCCAAUGUGUUAAAGCAGCUCAUUGUAUGGUACCUAAUAAAACCCCCAUUUCGCUAAUAUCUACUUGCCACGCGCUAGUAGCAAAUAUGUCUCGCAACGUCAAUCAGAUUCUUGUGCAAUUGCAAGAUUGCCUAAUGCAGCACUUAAGGCUUAAAGAAAUCAUUCUAGACCAAACGCCUGCCGUCGCCCACGACACAUUGUCAUUUGUCAUGAUCAGUUAUCGUGCACAAUGUCCAUUAAAUGAUGUUCGCGGAAUUGGAUAAAUUUAAUGCACCCGCUAGUUUUAGCUUGCUGAUUAACUCAACAAAUUUUACGUGCUAUUUACAAAUCUAAAACAAAUUCAAGCGCUUACAAUUGUGAAAGAUACUGUCGAUAUUUAAAAUGGUAGAAUAGACCACAUUCAUAGCAAAAUAGAGUAGCAUGGCGUCGAUAAAGUUGCGAGGUAAUAAUAUUACUGGUAAAUGGUUCUAAAACCCAUUAAUUUUGUAAAAUAACCUCUUCAAGGGCAUGACCUUCAUAUACAUGUAAUUGUUAAAUGUUUUUCAGGCAUUGCAGUUUACAACAUCCAUUGAUGGUAAGGAUUGUUAUUUAUCAACGUCAUUUAUAACAUGAUAUAUACCCUGGUUCUUUAACAACUAAUUUAGAGCCAGCUAGAAACGGUGUCAAAAAAAUAAGAAUAAAAGACACUCCGCGUAUUGUAACUCCUUGCUUUGGCGUCGUCGCUAAGGAUUGAUCAGCUCAUGAUUUAGUAACCUGGUGAAAAAUCUCAACGAAACCCUUUGGAUGUGCAUUCUGUCUUUCCAUUGUUGUAAAGCAUGCAAAUAGAUAGACUCCAACAAACUGAAGACACUUCGUAUUUAGAAAUAAUGCCGCAAAUAAGAAAAUUUUAUACUAUGGGGUUUGUUAAAAAGUGAUAGUAUUUAUGUAGCUUGUUGCCAUGAGCAACGUCCUCCAUAUGAUUUUUUGACACUCUCUCUACACACUUAGAAUUUGAGAGGACAGUUGUCGUGAGGGGACUCUGUUUCAUGCAUCGAAUGUUUGUCGUUUCUGAAGCUUAUAGAACGAAGAAUAUUCUUAGCGUAUGCGUUCGCAAUUCCUGUUCACGCGCUAAUUUCACCAGUUGCACGACUCGUACGAAUCGUACCACUUGACAGGGCCCCCUCUCGACAACUUUGCUCACAAAUUCUAAGCGUCGCCAAUGAGAAGCUAUUUCACCAGUUGUACAACUCAAACGAGUCGCACCACUUGACAGGACCACCUCUGUACACUUGCCCAGUUGUCUAAUGAGAUGCAGCCAAGUUAUGUACAGCAGUUUAUUUCACUCAAAUGUAUCAUAUUCACCACUUGUACCAAUAGCACAACUUAACGACUCGUACCACUUGAUUCUUACACUUGGCGACUUGAACAAGUGGUGAGUAUUAGACAUGUGUGGAGAAUUUGACUUAACUAUGAAGCUUGUGGACCAAAAUUGUCACUCAACGCUUCCUGAUUCAUCGAAACAAUCCGAACACUUAUAAAACACAAUUUUUUUGUACAUGCUUUGGAAAAAAUGCUUUGAGACUUGUCUAGAUGAGCUAUGAAUUUUUAUUUGACACUGUGUACUUAGUUGUAACCUAUCCGAGUACAAUUCCGAUAUGUUAUUUAAUUCAGUCUAUUUUUUUUUUAAUCUGAAGUGUGCAGGAACUCAAAUGACAAAUUUUCACGUACUACUUACACAUGGCAAAAAUUGUAUGCUGUAAUAAAUUGAAAUUUGGCUACUGUUAGUAGUGAGGGUUUUUUUUGCCUUUCAGCGCUCUUCAACAUCACGGCCAACAUUCUAAGAACAGGACAAUCGUUCAACUUAACCGUGUCAGACACGUGUAACUACGACUAUACUGUCAAUUUUGGCGACUCGUCUCCUGAACAAAGCUUAGACAAUCCACAAAAGAUCAUAUCUCACACUUACAACAGAUCAGGC